UUCCGGUAACUGUAAAACAAAGAUGCCCCAUGCCCUUCUCAUUCCAUUUCCUGCACAGGGUCACAUAAAUCCCAUGAUGCAACUUGCUUGGAAGCUCGUCUCUGAUGGAUUUUUCAUCACCUUCCUCAACACCGACGUCAAUCAUCAGAGAAUAAUUAAAGCCAACAAGGACAAAGACAUGCAAAAUAACGGCGAUAAGAUCAGAAUGAUUUCUGUUCCUGGAGGACUGCCGCCCAAGGUACGCCGCGGGGAGAACACAAAACAUGCCGCCGUAAAAUUUUUCGGGGAUGUUGAAAAUUGGUUCGCGCCUUCUGUAAUUGACAAAGUUGUUCAAGACAUAAACGACAAUGAUGAAGAGCAGAAACUUACUUGCAUUAUAGUAGAUGUCUGGAUGUGCUUUGGUCUGCAGAAAGUGGCUGAACUCCAUCAUAUAUCGCUGGCGGCUUUUCAUACAUCUCUUGUUUCCACCUUCGCCAUCCGCUACUUCAGUCCCAAGCUUGUCUCACUUGGGAUUCUUCCUUCCGAUGGCAUUCCAGAGGACGAUAUGGUUCAAAAGUAUCUUCCAUCUAUGCCGCCACUGCAGUCUGCUCAUCUGCCAUGGUUUUCCGGAGGUGAAUACUUGUUUAGGCACGGGAUUCGCAUGGCAAAAGAAGUGGCUAAGAUCGAAUGGAUCCUGUUCAACACGAUUUACGAGCUAGAAGGUGGUGUAGCUGAUGAUUUGUCCAGAGAAAUGUGCGUGUUUCCCAUAGGUCCCUUAAUUUUCCCCGAGUUUCUGAACGGCGACAGAAAGAUAUCGACCACGGCAAGCAUUUGGGAAGAUAACAUGGAAUGUUUGGAGUGGUUAGAAAAACAGUGUGAGCAAUCUGUCAUCUAUGUGUCUUUUGGGAGUCAUGGAAUUUUGAAUAACCAGCAAGUGGAAGAGCUUGCUUUGGGGCUGGAAGAAACCCAGAGACCAUUUCUGUGGGUUGUGCACUCGGAUGUAAUGAAUGGGACCACUGGCGGUCUGCCUGCGGGAUUCCUGGAUCGGGUUGACGAUAGAGGUUGCAUAGUAUCUUGGGCUCCACAGUUAAGGGUGUUGUCGCAUCCUUCCAUAGCUUGUUUUGUGACCCACUGUGGAUGGAAUUCUGUACAGGAGAGCAUCACCAUGGGAGUUCCGAUGCUAUGCUGGCCUCAUUUCGGCGAUCAAUUCAUCAACAGCACAUAUGUUGUACAUGUCUGGAAAGUGGGGCUGCCUUUGAAACUCAAUAAUGAUGGGUUAAUAGAGAAAGAGGAAUUUAGGAGAGCGAUUGAGAGAUUAGUUGCUACAGAAGAAGGCAGGGCAAUCAGAGAAGAAAUGAAAAAAUGGAAUAGCAUAGCAAGGAAUACAGUGAAAGAAGGGGGAUUGUCUUCCACCAACUAUAAACUAUUUGUCGAGGCCAUGAUGAAAUAAAUGAAUCACUAAGUUAUGGAUGAAUGAAUUACAUCGACAUGACGAUUUUAGUGGUAGAAAUAAUUUGAAAGACGCAUUUCUUA